UAAGAUGGCGCCUGCGAGUCUGUUUGUCUCCACUCAAGCGUCCAAACAGAGAAUUCUCACGGCGAUGGUGCUGGUAUGAUCUCUGGAGCAGGCAGGGGAAUCCGACUGUCUGCUGCUCACACUUUAAACAACCCCUAUAUCUCCAGAUGCCUCCAGAUUCCGGUCCGGUGUGGAGACGCUGACUGGAUCCCGGUGGAGGUCGAGUCCUGAGGAUGUGGACAGCAGCACAAUGGACACGGGUCCUGCGGAAUGGACCAGGUUCACACUGAUCUCAUGAAGCUUCAGGACUGCCUCGUUUCUAGGAAUUUCACCACCGAUCGAAUCACAUGAUAAAAAAAAACAUUUUAAGACUAAUUUUUUUUAGUAUUUGUUUUGGAUAUCGCAUGUUUGUUUACGGGUUAACCACAAGCUGUGCUCGCUCUCACUGAUUGGUUCCAGGCUACAUCAGUUAGCAACAGCUGAUUACCCGGGGGCCUGCGAGGGAUUGAUCCGAGACCUAGCCAAGGGACGAGUGCUGCGACCCGGCGUCACUUUCACGCAACACCGGGGAUUCGCUCCGGCCUGCACCUCUGGAUAUUUCUUGCCUAGUAUAUCUAGCUUAAGGAUUCUGAUUUAUAUUAUAACCUGUUCGCAAGUGUUAAAUCUAACGAUUUAGACAAAUUUGCACCAAACUGCUAAUCUUUAAGCAUUUUUUAUUUACUUUAAAUUAUUAACAGCCCUGUUUGGAGCUAGCCACCUAGCUAACACUACAUGCAUCUACAAAAUUCCUAGCUUGUUUUGCAUACAAAAAAAAUUACACACAAUUUUGUUUAAACAAAAAGAAUUUGCGACAAAUUCUGGAAAGGGUGCACUUUAGAAAUGAAUAUGUCAAAAUAGGUUAUUUUAUUCUUCCUCAAGUCACUCAGUCACCUUGGUUUGUUUACAACAUUGUCACUUGUUAGCUGAGGCUUCAGUGACAUUCAAGUAGGAUUAUUAUAAUUAUUAUACUAAGAAAUACAAUCUUUAUCUACUGAUUUAAGGAUGCACUAAUGUUAAAAUUUAUUUUAAAGAAAAAAAAAAGCAUUAACUGUAAUUGAUUUAAUAGGACCUUGCCUGUGACACAUGGAAAGUGUUGUUCCUGAAUGAAAGAUAACUCUAUAUUAAAGCUUACGCUUUAUGCUGCUGGCAUUUCUGCCCCUGUGACCAUAACUUAAACUGAAAAAAAAAAACAGGAAGGAAAUGUGGAAUCUAUUCAGCGGGACAUUUAUAAUCCCAAAUCACAAGCUUUAAAGUUGGUGCCAUCUCCACCUAUUCAGGCUCGGACCAUCACAUAGAGUUAUAAAUGACGAGAUGCGCAUCAGGACCGUCGCCGUGGCCUGAAGUUUUAGAUAAACUCUAACGUGCAGAAAGAAGAGUGACAUCUUUGCCCUGUGAAUGUAUGAAGCGAGACAAGCACUUCGAGUAAGGAGAUGACCACACUCUGACCGCAGUGUUACUACACAGACGAGUGGUUGAGCUUCAGGAGCCGCGCAGACAUGAGUGUCCGACCUCCGACCUCGACUCUGGACAGGUUGAGCAGCCUGACGCUGGGAGACUCGAAGUCUUCUCCAGGACAGCAGAGAGACUCUCUUGCCGAUUUCCCUUCUGACGGCGCAGCUGCAGGUCUGGUGCAGCGAUGUGUGAUUGUCCAGAAGGACAGUCUGGGCUUCGGCUUCACCGUGUGCGGAGAGAGGAUCAAACUGGUGCAGAACGUUCGCCCUGGUGGCGCCGCGGUCAAAGCCGGCGUGCAGGAAGGAGACCGGAUCAUUAAGGUCAACGGUUCCUUAGUCUCCUCCAUGUCUCAUCAAGAAGUGGUGAAGAUGAUCAAAUCUGGAACCUACGUGGCGUUGACGCUCCAGGGUCCUCCCCCGUCGUUAGCCUCCGUCCCUCUUCAGCCGCUCACGUCCGACCCGCCGGCCAAUCACAGGACGCAGUUUGGUGAGGAGACCGCGCCCCCUACGCCUCCACCCCUGCCUGCUUCAGGAAGCAGCACUCCGUCGCAGAGAAUCACCUUCCCCAAACCCCUACAGGACCCCGAAGUCCAAAAGCAUGCCACGCAGAUCCUGAAAAAGAUGCUGGAACAGGAAGAGGCGGAGCUACAGGACCUGCUGGAGGAGCGGUCCCGCAACCCGUCGUCCUCGCUGGAGGAGAGGAUAGAGAGCGCGAGAAGGCGAGCUAAUCAAGUCAGAGUGAAAAUACAGAAGGAUCAGGAUGGAGCACGCUCGGAAACGGCAAGCAGCUACCUGACCGCCGGAGAAGGUCGAUUGUCUAUAGAUGCGGGUGAAGGAGAAUAUGAAACAACUGAGAGCCCUUACUCUCCUUCGUCUUCAUCAUUCCGGACUCCUCAACACCGCAGACACGGCUCGGGCACAGUCGAUUCAGCCGCGAAAGCUCAUAUAAUCGGUCCGGAGGAGGAAGACGAUGAUUAUGAACCCUAUAUGGUCAAUGAAAUGGAUGGCCCGUUUCAGGACAUCGAGCUGCUGAAGACUCGUCCUGCUCACAUGACCGUGUUUAUGAGAUAUAUCUUCAGCCAGCUGCUGGACCCGAACCCACUGCUCUUCUACCUCUCUGUGGAGGCUUACCUCGGUUCGAGUCCUAAAGACGCCCGUGCCAUCGCACCUCAGAUCUGCUCGCAAUUCCUGGACCCUGAUGCUCCUCUGAAGAUUAAAGCCAGAGAGGAGUAUCUGACAGAUAUAGAGAGUCGUCUCCACGCUCAGGAGGACAUCAGAGGUCCGCUGUCCGAGCUUCAGCAGCAGGUGCUUCCAGAGAUCCAGGACCAAAUACAGGACUACAGGAACAAACAGCUGAUGGGGCUGGGCUCGCUGUUUGGCGAGAGCGAUCUUCAGCAGUUGGACGGCGACCCGGUGAAGGAGAGACAGGUGGUGGACAGACAGGUCACGGCGCUGUGGGAACUGCUCUCAAAGCACGAAGAGGAGCGAAGUUCUCCUCUAGCGACAGCGAUCACUCUGUACCUGCGGCACGCCGGGAUCAAGCUAAGGGACUCCAAGGUGUUCCCAGGACUCAGCACGGAGAAGGACAAGUGGCUCCCUUUCCUUUCCAAGACCAAAAGGCAGCUGAGCAGCACGAAGAAAGAUAAAGAUGUAGAGGAUAAGAAGAGGAAUCCCCUAUUAAAGUACAUCGGCAAACCCAGGAGCACAUCGCAAUCCACGUUCCAUGUUCCGUUGUCCCCUACAGAAGUGCGUGCAGGUAACGUGCGGAACAUCAUACAGCAGUUUGAGAACCAUACAGACGGUGAGGAGGGAGAGGACGGAGGCCAGAGACUCUCCACUGGCAGCCUCGGGGACGAGAGCAUGGACAGUCCUACAGUGUCUGUGCGUUUGGCUCGCAGCGAGUCCUUGAAGGCUCAGGGCGAGGGCCGUCGUCGCGGAGGCGGUCCGGGGACGGAGACUGUUCCUCGUUCCCGCAGCGACGUCGACAUGGAAGACAGCGACGAAAGGGAAGGGCCGGCGCUCCGCCCGCUACAUCACAGCGCUUCUUCCUCGGCCUCCAGCAGCUCAGCGAGGUCGCUGGAGAAUCCCACGCCACCGUACACCCCUCGCUCCAGACGCAGGAGUAUGGACACGCCGUUGGUGUUGUUACCGGACGCUCCACUUCUGGAAGAGGACGUUGUUGACUCUCACAACUGGCAGGAGACAGUGGAGUUACACACACUCAACUCGCUGAGCUCGCGCGAGAUCGACCGGCAGGCGGUCAUAUACGAGCUGUUCACGACAGAGUCGUCUCACCUGCGGACACUCAGGGUUCUGGAUCAGGUGUUCUUCCAGAAAAUGCGAAACCUUCUGACCUCAGACGAGCUGUCGUGUAUCUUCCCUAACCUGCCUCAGGUCUACGAGCUGCACGCAAGUCUCUGUGAAUCCAUGAAGAAGCUACGGGAGUCUUCUAUAGUCCAAGGCAUUGGAGACAUCAUGCUCGCUAGGUUUGAAGGCGCAGCAGGAGAGGAGUUCCAGGAGCAGGUCUCUCACUUGUGCAGUCAGCAGAGUCAGGCACUGGAACUCAUCAAGAACAAGCAGCGAAAAGACCCUCGAUUCGCCCACCUCAUACAGGAAUGCGAGGCGAGUCCUCACUGCCGCCGGCUACAGCUCAAAGACCUGCUGGUGUCCGAGAUGCAGAGACUCACCAAGUACCCCCUCCUGCUGGACAACAUCAUCAAACACACCGAAGCCACGUCUCCGGACUCGCAGCCUCUGGUCAGGGCGCAGGUAUGUUGCCGCGGGAUACUGCAGGCCGUCAACGAGGUCGUCAGGGAGACGGAGCACCGACAGCUUCUCAGCCAAUACCAGCGCAGGCUGGACUUGUCGCCUCUGGAGAGACAGGCCAAUCCCGUCGCAGCGUCGUUCAAGAAUCUGGACUUGACCACAAAGAAGAUGAUUCAUGAAGGUCCCCUGACGUGGAAAGUCAGUAAAGACAAAGUUGUAGAGGUUCAAGCUCUGCUGCUCUCGGACCUCUUGGUGCUCCUCCAGAGAGGUCCGGAUGACCGCCUGAUCCUGCGCUGUCCGUCACGCUCGCUGGGCGGAGUCGGGAGCACCGACCAUAAAACGCCGUUUUGCCCCGUGGUUCGGCUCAACUCCUCCCUCGUCAGGUCCAACGCCACGGAUAACAAAGCCCUGUACGUGGUCAGCACGUCUGAGGGACAGAUGUACGAGCUGGUGGCCGGAACGUCCUCGGAGAGAAACACCUGGAAAGAUUUAUUAGAAAAGACGAUCGCGUCGGCCUCCGAAGGCGCUGCGUCCACAAAACAAGGAUCACCAGCCCAAUCGCUAAGUCGGCGAUUACAAGGAAGUCACGUCAAUCAUGACGGUUCAGUGGCAGAAGAGACGAGUUCUGUGGAGAGAGAUUUACAGAGCGAUGAUGAAAACGCCCUCGUUACGGACACACCAACCGACCAAUCGGAUUCCUUCCUCCAUGAUGACACGCACAAUAAUCUGGAACCGAGACCGGAAGUCUCUGAGGCGGCACUGCGAGCUGUUGAGACGCUCAGACAGUUAAUCUUCCGAGAUCUUGAAGAUGGGUGGAGCCAAGAUUCAGAUGACACACCUACCAACGAAACAGCCAACGAAAGAAGCCCGUUCACAGACCGCCCGGGGUCAGAGGUGUCCGAGCCUAGCUUUAGCGAAAGCUCAAGUCAGUCAGUGCAGGAUCAGGUUGAUGCUCCGCCCCUAGAGGCGGAGCGACCGACUCUUCAGGUGAUGAGGAAAGCUGUGGGUGUGGGCUCUUCUUCUAAUCCCGAUGACAUCCCUGAUGUCACCUUCAUCCAAACUACCGAAUCAAAAGGGAACGUGUUCUACCUGGUGAUGCCAAAAGACCAGCACGGAGCUCUUACAGGUGAGAGCAGCACAGACGAGGUGAGAGACCCUUCGAUAGCACCGGAAGCCGUAUCGUCUUCACAGCAAGGUGAGGAAGAGCAGGAAACGUCACGGCGCUCGCGUUCGGAGGUGACGAGCAACGCGUCUGAGCUCAGCCAAUCACGGAGCGCGCAGCGACACGCCAUCAAGAACAUGGAGGAGAUUUUACAGACGGUGGACGAGCUGAUGAAAAAGCUGCAUCGGCUCAGGGAAAUCGAAACCGAGCAUUACAGACUUGUGAAGACUGAGAUGAUGAAGUCUCCUGUAAGGCAAAAUUCAGCCGACGUCAUGCACACGUCCGCGUCUGUGGUCAGGAUGCCAUCCAUGGACAGAGGGGCAGGAGACGGUAAAGAAGGCGACGCUACAGAAGCUGUUCAGCCUGUUGUUCAGUCCACAGGAUUCUAACACUCAAGCACACAUACACACAUACACACACAUUAUGUGCUGAAGGAUUUUGAAAUGAAACUUUAAAAAAAAAAAAACCUAAGGGACCGGUAUUUCUGUUAUCCUAUGUAGCUCCUUCGUCCAAUCCCAGCAUGCUUUGCUCCUGGGAGAAGCCAGGAAUGUGAUGUAUGUUGUUCGUGUUCUCCGUCACCUAUAAAGUGAGAGAAAGAGAGAGAGGACAGAAGACGCUUCAGCACACGGAAGCCGGGAAGCAAGAAGAGAAGAAAGAAAGAAUGUUAAAAGAAGGCAAAGCGAGGUCGGUAUGAUGGAAACACUAAUGAAGGUUUAACGAAGGAAGGCGAGCUCGAACGGGAUUGGCUGAGGAAAUGACUCCGCCCUCUGAAGGAAGCCCCAGCACUUUACCCUGCUGUAUGUUGUAGAAUCCGUAACUCGCGCUCAUCCGUCUCGUCUCGCCUCGGUUUAAGUGGUCUUGGUUUCCCAUGAUGCACCUGUGUGAGCCAUCACCUUAUACUGUGUGUGUGAAUGCAAGACGUUUAAAUACAUAUACACACACACAAACACUCUUCAGGUUGUUUUGCACUGUGGUCCUGAGUGAGGAUGUUGCAUUACCAUCAUUGUGUACGGUUGUAGCGUUUCAAUGGUAAACACUAUGCGAGAGAGGAAGCGAUGAAGGACUUGCGAGGGUUUCGGUUUAGAUUUUGUUGCGUUUCUGUGUUUAAUCUUUACGCAGGAAACCAUCUUCGCUACACUGUCAGGAAAAGCAAAAACGCACCAAUCCUCGUCACUGGAGACGUCUUUCCUACCCUCAGUUUGUAUGUGCUGUGUACCUGAAAAAUAAUACCAUGUGAAGGGUAUAACGGAGGUUCCUACCGCCCGGCUGUGCACCUCGUUCAAAAUGUAUUCUUGUGCUAGUAGUGUGUACCACGCCAGUGACGAGGGAAGGUACGGUUUAGUCAUUUACUCCAUCUUCCUUCUGAGAGAGAGUAUGUAGCGCACCACCACCACCACCACCACCACCACUUCUGCAAUACACACUACUAUAUCGCUGUGUCUGCAGCCUCUCCCUGCUGAGAGUGAUUUAUUUAUAAAAACUUGUAGCCUGAUAUCACAUAAUCUCAAGUGGACAUACUGUGAAGUUUCAACUCUCACCACACCUCAGCGGAGAUGCAUUAAGGGAUUCGAUCUAUCCCAUUUCACACCGAACUGGGAUCAGGUCGGCUCCCAGGUCACUAAAGGAUACGGCUAAUCUGAGAACACGUCGGUCAGGGGGUGUGUCUAGUGAAAGAGGUCCAAGUGAAAUUCAGUGGUAGUCAGUACUGCCGACCUAAAAGUGAUGGGAGCUGGAUUUAAUCCACCUCCUUCUGUAAGUCUAACUGAUUAAUCUGUAACCGAUAAAACUACACAAAACAUUGAGGUGACUUCACCUCCUGGGGGUUUGACCCCUCCUCGGGUUUUAAUUUGACUUUGACUUAAUGGGAGGAGUUGGAUCAGGUCUAACUCCACCCCUACAGUUUUAUCUGGACUCCACGCAUUACAGUUUUCUUUUGUCUGAGAUGGGAGGAGCUGGAUCAGAUCUG